AUGGGAGAGGUUGUUGAAAUCCUAGAGGGCCAUAGAAGGUCGGUGGCAGGUCUUCAUACUCCUCGUCGUUUUCCAAUUUGUCUCCAGAGGGGAGUGAAGACUGCUACGGCAAACCGGUUGCGUGGAGAAAAAAAAGGACCUUUUGAAGGAGGCAAGCUCAUUGUCACAGCCUUAAAAAUUUGCACAAGCUGCAAAGCUGAGGAGGAUGGCAGCUGCUAA